AUGGAUUCAGGGUUAUCCUGGGCUGAUCAAUGGGAUAAUAAUGACAACUCUGACUCUCUCCCAUUCCCAACUGCUCCUGAAAAAAACGACAAGAAUGGAAAAGAUGGAUCUAAGAACAAGUCAAUGAAGGGAUUGUUAAGCCUCAAAUGGAUAAAAGAGCUCCGCAAGAAAACUAAAAAAUAAUCCAAGUUUGUUGGGUUGUUCAUUCACACAAUCAAGCAUCAUUCUGAUCUGAUUCAAUUGUGACUAACCAUUAUUUAGACUUUGUUUUCUCUUAUAAUUUUACUUUAUAUGAUGUUAUGUUGCUGCUAUUGGAGAUAACAAAUGAUGUAAGCAAGGAAAUGUGCAAACAUGUUUCAGAUUUGGAAUGUUACAAGAAAUGUUCUUAUUAUCAA